CUCCAGGUGUGCAGUUUUAAACUGCAAUGGUUCAGGUGGAUUCAAAUUCCCCCCUGAAGCACAGAAAGAGAGGAGAGAGAGGUGGAUAAAGGCCGUACGGCGUCAGUUUAUGCCGUCGUCAUCCUCGGUGGUUUGUGAGAAACAUUUUUCUGAAAGUGAUUUUCUUCCCUCAGUUGCUGAAUUACGUAAGUGUAUAUACACUCAGUUCAUCUUAAUUAAAUGAUCAAUAUGAAAUAAGACAUCCAAAUGCAUAAAUUGGUCAAUAAAAUACGUUUUAAUAAAGCAAUAUUAUCAGGGUACAAAAUGGAAGAUUUAAAGUAAUAUUAUAAAUGUGUUUUAAGGUAACAUGGUAAAUGAGUUUUAAGGUUAGUAUAGUAAAAAUAAGUUGUUCAGAUAUCUAUUUCCCUAUCCUCAAUUAUAUAUUUGGAGUUCCUUUUAUGGAAACUUGCCUACAUUGAUAUGUGAAGAUUUUGAAUAGAUGUUCAGUUUGAGCCUUGGCAAGAGAACUGGGAAGAUGUGAAUAAAUAUCUAAUAAAAACAUAGUCUCAUAUAAUGUGAAUAAAUAUCUAUAAAAGCAUAGUCUCAUAUAUGGUGGAGCUGAAGACGAUCAAUGUGUACCUCAUCAAUGAAUGGAAUCUAAUUAUAAUCUCCGUUCUAAUCAUCAGAGACAUACAAUCAUGGCAAAAGCCCAUAUUAAGUUAGAUAAAUUUGAUGGUGUAUCUGAUGGUGUGCGAUGGUUUGAAGACUUAACCUCAUUCAUUGUGCUUAAUAAAAUAGAAGAUGGUCAAAGGAGAGACAUUUUAAAACUUUACCUUAAAGAUGGAGCCAGAACAUGGCUGGAGGCUAUGCCAAUAGACAUUACCUGGGCAGACUUGAAGAAGGCCUUUGAAGCCCGUUUUCAAAUCAAGCAGUAUAACACUGCUGAAUUGAGCACACUACUAUCAUCUGGUACGUUGAAGAUGCUACCAGACGAGUCCGUUAGAUCAUUUGUCACCUGUGUGAGCGAAAUUCUUAGAGGAGCCAAAGAUCAACUGACACCACAGCAGAUUGUUAACAUAAUAGCAAAUGGACUCCCAAAGUCUAUUAGAAAUCACGUCGUGGCGCAAGAUCCAAAAAGCGUCAAUGACAUUAUAACCACAGCAAGUUUAUUCAGCACUACGGAAGGGAACGAUGCCUCAAAGACCUUGAUUGCGCGGCUAGAGGGUAUCAUCGAUGCGAAAACAGAACAGAUAGCAGCAAUGGUACUGAGUAAGACUGCAGCAGACAUUUCGACAGUGAUGCCAUAUAACUGAUCCCAUGGAGCGAACAAAGUGGAUGCAAACCCCCAGAAAACAUGCAGAUGGUGUUUGGGUAAGUGCUUUGAUAGGUCAAUGUGCCCUGCACUAAAUCAGUCAUGUUCAUUUUGUGGAGUUAGAGGUCAUUUUUAUCGAGCAUGUCUCAAAAGGCAGAGAUCAAAUCAAGGUGCAAAUCAAAAUAACCAGAGAUCGAGGGGUCCCUCACAAAAUUUUAGAUAUCAGACAAUGAGGGGACGAGGACGUGGCAGAAUGUAUUGACAUAACAAAAGUCCUCGGAAUGACAUGCACAAAAUACCAUCUCAAAAAUCUUCAUUUGUUUCUAUUGCAUCAACAAAUCUGAAGAAGAAUUUUGUAAACAUUAAAUUUAGA